AUGACUGAACGUUAUCUAAAAAACUCAUUAGACAUUCCGAGUAUUAACGAUGCUAAUCCCGAAAAACUUGAUCAUUUUGUAAAAUUUAAUACUGAAAAGAUUCUUUUCAAUUAUCCAAUAUCACAUUAUUCUCGGGACUAUAAUGUAUAUGAUGGGUACGCUGGUAUAGCUUUCACGUACUUUCACUUACACCAACUUAAUCCCAAUUUGACUAUUGCUGGUGAUAAAGUUGGUCUGUUGUGCACUACAUAUCUUUCAGCUGCAUUAUCUGCGGCAAAGAAAACUACGACAAAGCAUGUUGGGUUUUUAAUAAGUCAUGUUGGACCCCUGGCUUUAGCUGUAGUGGUUUAUCAUACAAUAGAAAAAAAUUCCGAUGAAGCCUUAAAUUAUAUGAAUUUAAUUCUUGAUAAGUAUCAUCAUUUAGCAAUAAAAGAGGAUUCUAAUGAAUUGUUGUAUGGACGUGCGGGUUAUAUUUACGCGUUAAAAUUUAUACAAAACCAUUGCUUCGAUAAUGAAGAGAUCAUGCAAAAAUUAACAGAUGACAAAAUCAAAGAAAUUUUUGAAUUGAUCAUCGUAGAAGGUCAAAAAGGUGGAGCAGAUUCUAAUAGUGUUGAGAAACCUCCAUUAAUGUGGAGUUGGAAAGGAAAGGAAUACCUCGGUGCUGUGCAUGGUGUUGCUGGUAUCGUUGCUAUCUUGUUACAAUUUAAAAAUCUUGCCGAACCAUAUUUGAAUGACUUGUUUCAAACAAUGGAAUGGCUAGCUAAAAACGCAUUUGAGAAUGGGAAUUAUCCUUCAAGCUUGUCAAAUCGUGGUGAUCAUUUGGUUCAAGUAUGCCAUGGUGCUCCGGGAAUCGUUCCAGCAUUUUUAAAGAUAUAUGAAUUAUAUCCAACACAUGCAAUUUCUUCGACUUUAUUAUCUGCAGCUAUAAAAUCUUCUGAUUUGAUAUGGGAACGUGGCAUUUUGAAAAAGGGUCUUACGGGUCUUUGUCAUAAUUCUCUCGGAAAUGCCUAUUCAUUCCUCCUCCUUUAUCUCGUUACUAAAAAUGAGGAGCAAUUAAGUAGAGCACUCGCAUUUGGAUUUUAUGCAAGUCAAUGGGAAAAAGAAACUGAAAAAAAACGUGUCAAAGUUCCAGAUAGGCCUUGGAGUUUAUGGGAAGGUCUUGCAGGAGGAGUUAUAUUUUGGGGAGAUUUAUCAACAGUAUUAAGAGAUGUAAAAACAAAUAUGGGAUUGACAGUGAGCCGAGAAAAAGUUCUCGGGUUUCCUUGCUUUACUGAUUUAUAA